UUGAGCCUUUACCCCCUCAAAUUACAGCCCAAUCAAUCUAUUACAUUUUCUGCCUCGCUUGCUUGGCUUCAACGGUGUGGUUUACUGCGUAGACGAAGCUGCGGAAAGCGAUCCGACUCCGGCCGCUCCUCUCCAAUGGCGACCACCCUUCGAUUGUACCUGACUUGCAUCCGCAACACCCUAGAUGCGGCGAUGUGUCUCCAGAAUUUCCCUUGUCAAGAAGUCGAAAGACAUAACAAGCCAGAAGUCGAACUGAAGACAAGUCCAGAACUCCUAUUGAAUCCGGUACUAAUAUGCCGCAAUGAGGCAGAGAAGUGCUUGAUAGAGACAUCAAUUAAUUCUAUUCGUAUAAGCUUGAAGGUGAAGCAGGCAGACGAGCUUGAGAACAUCCUUGCCAAGAAGUUUCUUCGGUUUUUAUCAAUGAGGGCAGAGUCAUUCCAGGUUCUGAGAAGAAAGCCAGUGCAGGGAUAUGAUAUUAGUUUUCUCAUAACAAACUACCACUGUGAAGACAUGCACAAGCACAAGCUUAUAGAUUUCAUCGUGCAGUUUAUGGAGGAUAUUGACAAGGAGAUCAGUGAACUAAAACUGUCGGUAAACACAAGAGGACGCCUAGUAGCUACUGAAUUUUUGAAGCAAUUCAUCUAAGGUGAUGUUGCAAGGAAAAAACAUGGUUGGAUUAACAAAGCUCCGAAUUGACAAAGAUGAUGAAUAUGCCCCAUUAUUAUUGGUUGUGAUGCAGUAGUAUUAUUUUGUUAAUGAGCGAUAUUCUUUCGAUACCGAACAUUUAUCACAUGGACAUUUGAUACGCUAUUAUUAUUGGUGUCACUGCAGAAGUCAGCCAUUAGAACAUCCCAUCCAUAAA